AUGGGAGCAAUCCAUUUAUCUUGUUUAGAACGCUGGUUGGAGGAGAGUAACAGAAAUAGUUGUGAGUUGUGUGGUUAUCAAUUUGAUAUAGAACGCACACCACGUUACAGCGCAUUACACUCCAUAAUAAUAUGGAUGUGCACAAAACAAGAGGAACAACAAUUAUUUGUACGUAAUAUACGUGUUGAUUUAAUACGUUGCAUGAUCGCCACUCCACUGACAUUAGGCUCAACUUACGUAUGUAUUGUCGCCGCGGAUUUUUAUUCGACAAAUAACUAUGACAACUUCCCGCCUGCAAGAUGGACAACUUAUUCACUUGUUGCUAUGAUGAUACUAGUUGUAUUUUCAUAUUUUGCUUGGAUUUAUAUGGCCUUGCAAUAUCAUCAACGAGUAUGGUUUUAUUGGUGGCAAAAAACAAGUGUUGUUAAGUUGAAGCAUCAUCACACGUCGAUGGAAGACGUAAAUAAAAAUCUGACGAUGUACCGCUCGAGGAUGAGCCACGGGAUCUUGCCAGUCUGA